AUACGAGAUUGUUUUGUCUGGCAGUUAUCAAAAUAACUGGUCUGCUGCAACACCUACCUUUUAGUCCGAUUUUGUCGGUAAUUAGUUUUUUCAUCGCGUCCUUCGAUUCCUUCUUAACGGAAAAAGGAUUUUUAAUGAAAAUAUUUCAAGUGAAUAUAUGGUCCAACUUUUACGAGGAAGCCAGCUUCAACAACGUUGGAGGCUUGAUUGGAUGUUGGCUGGGUAUCUCCGUGUGGGACUGCUCUGGAAUAAUGGAGACGACCUUCUGGGGAAUCUUGAGGGUGCUUCCAAUGCUAAGCAGACGCUUUGAAUGAUAUGGGUUCAGAAACUUUAAAGACUCAAGAUAAAGAACUUCUUCCCUUUGAAAUUGGUUAUAUGCCUGAAUUUGUCUUGAAAAAAGCGGAAGAAGAGCUGAAUGAGACUGCUGAAAGUAAAAUAAAAGGAAUUCAAGAAUUGCGAUCUUUAUUGCGAAAAAACUCGGAAACAAAAGAAGUUCUCCUUCAUGAUGACGUUUUGGUAGCGUAUUUGCGUCGCAGCAAAUACAGAGUGAACGGUGCGCAUCAACAGAUACAAAACUUUAUACGUCUGCGAAAGAAAAAAGAUAAUUUGGCCAAUGGUAUUCCAGACGCAUUUCUUGAUUUACCUUCAAGCAAGUUUUUGGCUCUGCUACCUAUGAGAUGUCAGGAUGGAUGUUUAUUGGCUUUUAUACGUUGGGGUAAAUGGGAUCCCAUGGAACUCCCAAUGGAAGGGCUGCAGCAAAUGAUAACGAUGGCCCUUAAUGUGGUUCUCCACGAUCCAGUGACUCAAAUUAACGGUGUGAAAGUGAUUCACGACUUUCAAGGAAUAUCUUUCAAACAUGUGAGAUACCUCACACCCCACAAUAUACAUCUGCUUUAUCAUGGUGCUAUGAAUUGUUUUCCUUUAAGAUGUAAGGCAGUACAUUCCGUCCAUGACUCCGCUCUAAUAAGGAUAGGCUGGAGUAUAAUGAUGGCUCUGUUAACACAGAAAAUGAGGAGCAGAAUAUUUUUUCAUAGCAGUGGAGAAGAGCUGCUUAAUUUCUUUCCCCGUAGCGUUUUGCCAACACAAUUCGGAGGAAGCAUUCGAGAUGAAGACUUGCCAGAUUGGGCCAGAAGAGUUAAUAAAGAUAUAAAGAAGUAUACGAUAUUAGGACAAUCCAAUUACUAUUGAUACUUAUUUUUAUUUUUGUACAUUUCUCUUGUUAUUUUUAUAAUUUAUAAAUAAUAAGACUAUUAGUUACUUGAAAUAAUUCAACUAUUACUUCACAUGAUUAAAAUCAUUUAAAGUACAUUUGAACAACAAAUUUGAAGUGUGGUAGAAUGAUAAGGUUCAUUUAACUUGAUUCGUUUAUCUUCAUAAUAGUAAUAAAAGUUACAGCAAAAUA